AUCUUCGCCAAGUGUCAAAAAAAUCACUCUUUUACUCUCAGCCAAAUAAACUGUGCUUUAGAUACACAGCAACAAACUUUCUCCUCAAAAUCAAAACUCAAUCGAAAAUCAACAAUGAGUUCUUCUUCUUCCUCUGUGAUGAGAAAGCUUGAUGUAGUUUCUCCGGUUCCCGCCGAUAUUGAUAUUGCUAACUCCGUUCAACCUAUUCACAUCGAUGAAAUUGCUAUUAGAUCUAUCUAACGCGCACGCUAAUAUGAUACACUUACUACACAUUAUCUUUUUCUCAACUCCAAUAGAUAACCGUUCCACCCUCAGCUCCGCCGCGAACGGCAUUGUUCCCACCGCAGACACGCUAUUGCUUCGAAUAAAUACCUUGCCUCAAAUCUCUCUGCGUGUUUCCUCUCUUGCUGUCCACCUCAGUUCUCUCUCCGCCUCCGCCGCCAAACCCCUUCCCCGACGACCUACUUUCAUAUAGUACCUCCUGCUACAGGUCCUUCUCAAAUUCAUGAUAAGGAAACUUUUCUGCAGAAUUUGUAAACAUGAUUAUAUGAGAAAGAGUUCUAAAAGUGCAAGUACCUACCAAACACUAGAGUCAUUAAGCAGAAAGAAUGGAUUAAUGGAAAAGCCAACAGAGUAUGUUCUUUGUAAUUCACUUAGUUCUUGUGCAAAAACCAUGAAUUGGCAUUUUGGCGUACAAAUCCACGCAUAUACGAUUCGAUCAGGAUAUGAAGAUAAUCUGUUCCUUAGUACUGCGCUUGUUGAUUUCUAUGCAAAAUGUUUUUGCAUUGUGGAUGCAAGGAAGAUAUUUAGAGCCAUGAAAGUGCAUGAUCAAGUAUCAUGGACUUCACUUAUUGUUGGAUUUUCAGCAAAUAAAUUAGGAAAAGAGGCGUUCUUCUUGUUCAAAGAGAUGUUAGGAACUCGUAUUAUGCCUAAUUGUUUUACCUUGACUAGUGUCGUUAAUGCGUGCGUGGGGGAAAAUGGAAUCGUUGAUUGUUGUCCAAGUCUUCAUGUUCAUGUUGUCAAACGAGGAUUUGAUACUAGCAAUUUUGUGAUUAGUUCAUUAGUUGAUUGUUAUGCGAGUUGUGGACGGAUUGAUGAUGCUGUGUUGUUAUUUAAUGAAAGUAGUGAGAAGGAUACUGUUAUAUACAAUACAAUGAUCUCUGGAUACUGUCGGAAUCUGUACAGCGAAGAUGCACUGAAACUAUUUGUGGAAAUGCGGGGGAAAAAUAUGAGUCCUACUGAUCAUACUGUAUCUUCGAUUUUAAGUGCUUGCAGCCGUCUCGCAGUGCUUGUAGAAGGAAAACAAGUGCACUCUCUGGUUAUUAAAAUGGGUUUUGAGAAUGUGUUUGUGGACAGUACUCUGAUUGAUAUGUAUUCAAAGGGUGGCGACAUUGAUGAGGCUCGACGUGUGUUGGAUCAGACUUCUUGGAAGAACACUGUGUUGUUGACAUCCAUGAUCAUGGGUUAUGCUCAAUGUGGAAGAGGUUUAGAGGCUUUGGGAUUUUUUGAUUAUUUAUUAACCGAGCAGAAGUUAAUUCCUGAUCAUGUCUGCUUUAGUGCUGUCUUAUCAGCUUGUAGUCAUGCAGGAUUUAUUGACAAAGGGGAGGAAUAUUUCAACAAAAUGAGAACAGAUUAUGGGUUGUCUCCUGAUAUAGAUCAAUAUACUUGCUUGAUUGAUCUUUAUGCUAGAAAUGGAGAUUUAAGGAAGGCGAGGGAUUUAAUGGAAGAAAUGCCUUAUGAUCCUAGUUGUAUAAUAUGGAGUUCCAUUUUGAGUGCCUGUAAGAUUUAUGGAGAUGUUGAGCUUGGAAGAGAGGCUGCUAAUCAGCUCAUUAAGAUGGAACCAUGUAAUGCAGCUCCAUAUUUAACUCUAGCACAUAUCUAUGCAAGAAAAGGUUUAUGGAACGAAGUAUCUGAAGUUAGAAGCCUUAUGCAACAAAGGGUUAAGGGAAAGUAUGCAUGGAGUUGGGUAUAGGCAGUGGCAGGCGGUCACUUGUUAAAACUUCCUUUCGGCACCAUAUUUGAGUAUCUUCAGGUU